AUGAAGUUACUACACAUACAUUUUCACCCGGGGUUUAAUUGGACUCCACAUUUUAUAAUCGAAGGAUACGACUCCCUUGACAAACAAAUAGAAUUGGGCAAUAUCACUCGCAAGAAGCGACUCAGGAAGAAUACCGAGUAUUUGUCAUUUGCAGGAUGUAAAGUGUGUGAACAUCGGGCACUAUUUGACGUUAUUAAGAAGUGA